GUUGAAGUUGAGCAGAGUGAUGGUCGCUUGUCAUCUUUCAAAUCAUUCUGCAUACUGCUGCCCCAAACUCACCGAUGUCGCGGUUCGUCGCCCGCCGGUCCGCACUCGCUAUACGUACCCCCUGUGUCUGCGCUCGUUACGCGUCGUCUGGAGCCUUCGACCGGAAUGAGUACGGGCUUUUUAUCGACGGCAAAUUCGUGGCAGCGUCAGGCGAAGAUACUCAGCUAGCGGUGGAGAACCCUGCAACGAUGGAGCGUCUCGCGUACGUGAAUAACGCUACUGCUGCAGAUGUCGAUCGCGCUGUAGCCAGUGGACAGCGCGCAUUCGAGGCUGGUUUAUGGUCACGAGCGUCAGUUUCGGAGCGCGCCAACGUGCUCAACGACAUCGCCAAUGCUACGUAAGCGGAUCCCCGAGUUUGCAGAGAAGGAAACUCUGCAGACUGGACGACCGGUCAGAGAGAUGAGGGCACAACUCACAAGAAUCCCCGGUGCGUGACAAUGGGAAGAACUAUGAUGGUGGGUACUGUACUGAUAGGAAUGUAAAGAAUGGUUCGAGUAUUUUGCAGCUCUGGCACGGACGUCCGAGGGCUCAGUGCCGCCGUUUUUGGGGCCUUAUGUCAACUAUACACAGCGCCUCCCACUCGGAACUGUUGGACUGGUGCGUAACUUAACAGCGGACGCUUGCGGAGAUAGUUAGUCGCGUUGUUAAUGUUGUAGUUAUGAUGCAGAUCACGCCUUGGAAUCAUCCGUUGCUCAUUGCUGUCAAGAAGUUGGCGCCUGCCUUGGCAGCAGGCAACUCCGUCGUUGUAAAGCCGUCAGAGCUGGCACCGCUCACCGUUGUGCAGCUCGCUGAGUUGUGCCAUAACGCAGGACUACCUGCUGGUGUCUUUAACUGCGUUCCUGGUCUCGGAGCAGUUGCUGGUCAGGCUCUUGCUGAGCAUCCAGCGAUUAAGAAAAUCGAUUUCACGGGCGGCACUAAGACAGGGAGAAUUGUGGCUGCAGCGGCAGGAAGAAGCCUUGCAAGCACGACGAUGGAGCUGGGCGGUAAAGCUCCGAUUGUUGUUUUUGACGACGUGGAUGUGAACGAAGUGGUGAAUGGAGCAGCGUUUGCCUGCUUCAUUGCAAGUGGUCAAACUUGUGUUACGGGUGCGCGCUUGAUCGUUCACGAGAGUAUCUUUGACGAGCUGGUGAAAAAGCUGGUAGCGAAAGUUCGCUCGAUCCGUCUUGGUGACCCAAUGAGCGAUCGAACACAGAUGGGUACCAUUAUUUCACAGCUGCACCUCAUACGCAUUCACGCAGUGGUGGAGCGUGCCAGACAAGCGGGUGCUACAGUACGCUGUGGAGGACGUCGUGCUCCUGAUCUAAAGGGAUACUUUUACGAGCCGACUGUGAUCACGGAUGUUACACCUGACAUGGAAAUUGUGCAGCAAGAAGUGUUCGGUCCAGUGGUAGCUGCGUAUUCCUUCACGGAUGAAGCCGACGCUGUUCGGCUGGCAAAUGAUUCUCCAUUUGGGCUUGGUGCGGCUGUAUGGACCAACAACAUCAAGCGAGCUCAUCGUGUGGCCAACAGUUUGGAAGCCGGGAUAGUUUGGCUGAACGAUCAUCAUCGAAACGAUCCGUCGAGUCCUUGGGGAGGUGUCAAGGAUAGCGGCAUGGGGUGAGCUGUUCAAAAUUAUGGUUUAGCAGGAUUAAUACGCUAAAGCUUUUUACCGGUGACUGUUGUACUGCAGGAGAGAGAAUGGACUGGAGGCGUAUCGUUCGUACUCGCAGAUCAAAAGCGUUAUCGCUGGCUUUGGCAACGAGAAGUUUGACUGGUUUGUCGACGAUACGGUUCGGUAUGGCUAAUUGCACGGCAUCUGCAUCGACAUAUCAGCUAAGUGGCUACACCUUGGAGCAAAAUGAACAUUCAACACGAAAUAAGACCACUUAAUGCAGCAAAAGUCAGUCCAGGUCGCUUAGGAGCUGCUACCUCACCUGCAUUUUUCGAGCAAGGUGAAGCACUCUAUUCCAGUAUUAAUUUACUGACCAGCCGACUCGAGUGGGUGUUUCUUCUGCUGAACGAUGCGGAAGAAAGCCGCCACACUCUCCGAUGCCCUACAAAGAAAAAAGCACCAAGUACGCGAGCGUUAAUAGACGUCCUGCCUUGAAGCAUUAUCACUGCAGCACAUACCUCUGGCAUGCCUCUGAACAUGCGAAAUAUUGCUCUUCUGACAGCAAACCUGGACGAAAAGAACAACAAGAUUUGUCAGAAAGGUGUCACUUCAGUUCAAAUUUGUACUGACUGCACUUACCGUUGCUGAUGCAGGUCAAGACUCCGUCACUCGUGCUAGAUCGCGCGGUGGUGACCCAUGAAACAGCUUCCUGUAGGACAUUUAACAAUCAGCGUGAGAUCCUCGUACUCAACGCUGGAUAUGCAAUUAUGAUACCUCUUCUUCAGCGGAUGUCGGGUCCAGGUACAAGUUGCCGUCAUCGAAAAUGCUGCACGAGGUCGCCGUGACGACCGAAAUCAUGGGAACGCCAGCGUCCAUCAGCGCCAAACUCACCGCAUUGAUUGCAACUGCAAGAAGGUGCUGAAACCAAACGACAAGAUCACCAAUCCAAAGGUUAAGGAUAACUAACCAGCUCAACGCCAGGUUUUUUCACCAACGCAACUUCACACCCCAAUAGCAAUCAUCACAUGCAACUAAUAAAAAAUAGUGGAGAGGAUAUAGAGCC